AUGUUCCGUCCGACCAUAUAUGCAUUAUCCACGAAGCCUGGGAGGGCAGCAAUCGGAGUUAUCCGAGUCCUGGGUCCACAUUCACUGUACAUCUACAACCAGCUUACUGUCACCAAGAAACAGCCUCUACCUCAGAAGACGAGUGUACGCAAGUUGUAUGAACCAGGUACGAAGCUGCUACUAGAUGAGGCACUCACGGAUUUAUUAGAGCUCCAUGUACAUGGCGGUACGGCUAUUGUUCAAUCUGUAUUGGAGUCCAUCAAGAAGCUACAUAGUCCUGAAAAGGGCAUUGAGAUACGACACGCCGAGAAUGGCGAGUUUUCACAUAGAGCUUUCUUGAAUGGAAGAUUUGAUCUUACAGAGAUUGAAGGAAUCAGAGAAAUGAUAGAUGCAGAGACCGAGACACAAAGGAAGGCUGCUUUGGCCUCGCUCACCGGUGAUACGAAGAAGACUGUCACCAGUUGGAGGACAGAAAUUGUAAACAACGUGGCCCUUCUUACCACUGUGGUUGAUUUCGGUGAAGAACAUGAUCUCGAAGAAACAAGACACUUGUUUGAGCAGGUGGACCACAACAUCGAUGCACUCAAGUCCCGAAUUCAGGACUAUCUACAUAGGGUUAAGCAGUCUGAUGUUUUACUCCAGGGGAUCAAGGUGAGUCUUCUAGGGCCAGUGAACGCCGGCAAACUGUCUUUGUUGAACUACCUAGCCAAUCGAGAAACAGCCAUUGUUAGCGAUAUUGCGGGAACCACCAGAGAUGUUAUAGAUGUGCCGCUUGAUAUCAAUGGCUACAAGGUUGUUGUUGGUGAUACUGCUGGAAUAAGGUCAUUGAAGGACGCUGACUCUAUAGAAGUGGAGGGUAUUAGAAGGGCUAAGAAGAGGGCUUUGGCUGGCGAUAUAGUUUUGGCUGUGGUCCCUGUGAACGAGCCCAUUGAAGAUUCUUUGGUGGAAAACAUACAACUCUUGAAGGAUGCCAAGCAGGAGAUAGUGGUUGUUCUCAACAAAUCGGAUCUUACUGACAAGGUCAGUAUACCACUGUUUUCGGAGCAACUAGGUCUACCACAAGAGGCAUUCCAUGUGGUUUCUUGUAAAACAGGGAACGGCAUGAAGGAACUCCAAAAGACGCUCACUAAUAGAUUUAAAGAGGCCACAACCUCGGAACCUGUGAUUCUCACUGGCCGUACUCAAGAUCUUCUUGAGAACGACGUUCUAUUCGGUCUAGAAGAGUUCAAAAGAUGGAAAGAGGAAGACGAUAUCAUUCUUGCGUUGGAGAGCUUGAGAAUAUCUGCUGAGGGUAUUGGCAAAAUUACAGGAGACGCUGUUGGUGUUGAGGAGAUUUUGGGCGUCGUUUUUCUGAGUUUCUGUAUUGGAAAAUAG